GAUCGAAGUUAAAAUUUAUCACGGAAGCUUGUUUACCGAUUCUGUCUUGGGGGUAAUUCUGAAUGAUAACCUCUCAUUUAUAACUUCUUAUCAGGAUACCCUCUGAUCCCAACUCCAUAUUUAUGUACCCCCACACAUGAACAGUCCAGACGAUCACCAUAUAUUAUAACGGAAAGUUUGAAUUGAGCAAGAAAACUUGUUUGUCUCUAGUAGUCUGCAUAGAUUGUUUGUUGCUAAUUUACUGCAAAAUACAUAGUAGUGGUCAUUAUUUCAAAUCGGUUUGUUGAAUUACGGAAUCAAAUGUUUCUCAAAGUUUUGGUUGUAAACAUGUUUUGUCCUCAUGUGAAUAUCCAGAAUGUCCUUGUUGAAAACGAAUUCAGAACUCACCCUAUUUAUUAUUCUGACUACUCUGAUACAAUUCUAUAAACAAGAAUAUCAAAUUUUUUUUUUCUCUUAAAAUGGAGCAUAAAAAAAGUUACCCAUUGGUCAAGUCCUUCUUAGCUGGAUCCUUCUCAGGAACUUGUUCUACUAUUUUGUUCCAGCCCUUGGAUUUGGUCAAGACCAGGCUUCAGAAUCCAACAACUGUUUCCAUAAAUGGCCGUCAUGUAUCUGUUGGCAUGUACAAUAUAUUUGCCACCAUCUUACAAGAGGAGCAGCUUAAAGGUCUAUGGAAAGGAAUGACCCCUUCUCUGGCCAGAUGCGUUCCUGGUGUAGGUCUCUACUUCUGCACGAUUGAUUUCAUGAAAAGUCGCUUUUUUCAAAAUAGAGCCCCAGGUCCAUUAGAAGCCAUCGCUAUGGGUCUUGCUGCUAGAAGUUUGAGUGGUGCGAUUCUUAUUCCCAUCACCGUGAUCAAAACAAGAUAUGAAAGUGGUGUAUAUAACUAUAGCAGCAUGAGAUCGGCCCUCAAAGAAAUCUACUUGAAAGAAGGCUUCAAAGGAAUGACAUGCGGGUUGUUGCCAACAUUAUUUAGGGAUGCGCCAUUCUCUGGUUUAUAUCUUAUGUUUUACCUGCAAGCUAAAAAGCUGGUACCUUUCGAUGUGCUGAACUCGCCCUACGCAUCUCCCGCUCAUUUCACUUGCGGGGUGACCGCAGGCAUUUUGGCCUCCUUCAUCACACAGCCCGCUGAUGUGAUAAAAACCAAAAUGCAACUGUACCCCGACAAAUUUCAAGGUGUAUGGUCGGCUGUCACCCAUGUCCACACCAAAUAUGGCGUCAAGGGUUAUUUCAAAGGUAUAGUUCCAAGAAUGCUAAGACGGACUCUGAUGGCAGCAAUGUCUUGGACCAUUUACGAACGGGUAUCUCAGUCUAUUGGGUUGAAAUAGCUUCUGAUUUCCCGAACUAAGGCUGAGACCCUGUUGGAUACUCGAUUUGAAGGGCUUUUAAAAGCUGAAGAUCUCGAAUUAUGGCAACAAUGAGAAUGAUUCGCCAGAGAUGGGAUUUGUGAAGAUGUCUUUUUUGAAACGAUAUAUAUAUUUUAUGAAUAUUUACUUUUAUUAUAAUCUAUCUAUAGUGUAGAGAAUAUUUUAAUUCGUUGUUUGAUUUAAUUUCAAGAAAUAAACAAUAACUAAUGGA